AUGUUUGACUGCAAGGGGGAUCGGGACCUGUGGAACGCCGGCUACGGCCAGUGCGCUGGUUAUGCGCCAGGCACUUCGAACUACGCGUUCUGCGGGCGGGACAAAGACAUUGCCAUGAACCUCACGGGGAGCCAGGUGUGCAGCGAGUGCGGAGCGUGCGUGGACCCGACAUCCGCGCCAGCUGCAGGAAUAGACAUGCCACCAGAAGGAGGAUUGCCCGCAGCUCAGGCACCAGACAUGCCAGACGCACCUGCAGGCAUGCCUGCAGCAGCAACGCCACCCGCAGGAGUGCCAACGCAAUGCGUGCUAUUGCUGUCAGCAGGAGCAGGAAGUUCGGCAGUGGUAGUGUCGACCGCGGACGGGCUUGAGAUAGGGGAAUCCAUCGUGAUCACUGGCGGCGGGCACUCAGAACUACAUACGAUCGUGAGCUUUGGAGCUAUGAACCGCUUGCAAAGCGGGUCUGGCAUCGUCGUGGUGGACCCGCCAUUGACGGAUCCGAUGCCCGCGGGCUCCCUCGUUGCGCCAGCAACACCUUCACCUACACCUGCACCGACGCCUUCGGCACAGGGAGCAUCGGGCGUCGCGUCGGUUCCCACAUCUGCACCCACGCCGGUCAUGGUCUCCGCGUCCGGCGAUCCACAUAUGGUCAAUGUGCAUGGGCAGCGGUUCGACAUCCUCAGGCCCGGCAUCCACGUGCUGCUCCAGCUCCCCCGGGGGAUCGAGCAGGAUGCCUUGCUGCGCGUGGAGGCCUACGCCGUGCAGCUCGGGGGCGCGUGCGCGGACAUCUACUUCCAGUCCCUCAACCUGACCGGCGGGUGGGUGCGAGAUGCGCACGGCCAGCACACCAGGCACAGCGCCAUCAGGUACUACGCGAACCAGCCCGUCGGGAGCCAUCUGCACGGGACCAACUGGAUGAGUUUCGGCAAGGUCGACCUGAAGGUGGUCUGGGGCCACACGAAGAGCGGGGUGCAGUACCUGAACAUGUUUGCGAGGCACCUCUCCAAGGCCGGGGUGCCGAUCGGCGGCCUCCUCGGCCUAGACGACCACACAGCAGCGUCCACCCCGAGCCUAAGGUGCAAGCGAACCAUGACAUUGUGA